AAAAACUUCUGGAAAGAUGUUGAACAUAGAAUGGCUAAUAUCAUACCUGAUCUUAUGAAAUAUCAAUUAAAUAGAACAAUGGCUAAAGGGAUCAAUAAAUACUUUGAUAGACAAAAAAUAAUAAUAGGAGGAGGUUCAGUUAAAUGUCUGUUUGUAUUUGAUGAAGCAUGUAUUCUGGUUAAUCAAAAGGUUGAGAUUGCGAAAGAAGGGUCUCAAUUAUUUAAGCCUUUUUAUUUGUUGGACACAGUGGAUAUAAAUAUGGAAAUGAUUAAUACGAAUAGAGAAUUUAAAUAUGUUUCAAAGCUAAAAGAGUCUGAAAACCCGCAAUAUUUUUUUCAGUACAAAAGACCUUUGUGGGGUGCACUACUAUUACCUUCUGAUGAAGUUAAAGGAUUCAAACCAGAACAUAUUAUAGAAUUGGCUAUAGACAAGCUUAUUGGUAGAAAGUCUUUCAUUUAUUGA